AAGCCAGGCGCCAGGCGCAGCCCACGCCACUCCUAGGUUCUACCCACACCCUGAGACCAGCUUCCCCCACCCCAGGGCGGGGAGCAGGUGUACUUCCGCCACCCGCAAGUAUCCCGCGGGCCGGGCGGGGUGCAGAAGGCGGGGUGCGGAGCGGCGGCUGGGCUGCGCAGUGCCAGCUGCCUGCAAGGCCAGGAUGAUGAACCUGCCCUCGAGGCCUGUCCCUCUGCAGCAGGCGGCCCCCGCGGGCCCGCCGACGGUGUCUUCCGUCGUGGAGCUGAACGUGGGAGGCGAGUUCUAUACGACCACCCUAGGCACCCUGAGAAAACUGCCGGGCUCAAAGCUGGCAGAAAUGUUCUCCCUCUCAGCCAAGAUCUUCACGGAUGCCAAAGGCCGCUUCUUCAUUGAUCGCCCCGGCACUUAUUUCGGACCCAUCCUGGACUACCUGCGCUGCGGCCAGCUGCCCACGCAGCACAUCCCCGAGGUGUACCGUGAGGCUCAGUUCUACGCAAUCAAACCUUUGGUCAAGCUCCUGGAGGACACGCCGCAGAUCUUCGGUGAGCAGGUGGCUCGGAAGCAGUUCUUGCUGCGGGUGCCCGGGUACAGCGAGAACCUGGAGCUCAUGGUGCGCCUGGCGCGCGCGGAGGCCUUGGCGGCGCGCUGCUCCAGCGUCCUCGUGUGCGCCGUGCGCACGGAACAGGAUGCCGCGCACUGUGCGGAAUCCCUGCGCGUCCUGGAGGCGGAGAAGAGGUUGGUCGUCAAAUUCGGGCCUUGGAAGGCGGCCCCGGUCAUCAGGGACCUCCUGGACUCCGUGCGGAUGGACAUUGAGGCCCAAGGGUACCAGGUAGCCUAUGACUACUGCUCCAAGAAGACAUUCCUGCCUAGGCUAGUGGCCUGUGAAUACUUCUAUACGUUCCUCUUCACAUGGUGGUGAUCCUCAGGGACAGGGUUUACUCUGGUGGGGCUUAUGAAAUUAAAGUUGCCUUCAAAAGCCAUCUUCCUUUAAUUUCAAAAACAAACAUCAAACAACUUCCAAGGUGGUCUGUGAAGCUUGCCCCCAAAUAUUUGUCUCCCCCUUGAGGACUUUCCACUCAUUGCAACUGACUCCGUUGUACUUGCCUAGUGAGGUGUUACUGCUCCCUCUUUAAAGCCUCACGUAUUAAUACCUGUCAGACCCCUCCCUUGAAGUCCAGUGGCAAGGCUGAGAUGAAUUGGAAUGCUCCAAAAAUGCUUUGGUUGGAGAUACGGGAUGUCAACAGGAAAUUAACAGGAUACCAUGAAUCUAGAAAGCCUCAUCUAAAAAACGUAGUCUACCCAGCCUCAGCUUGUGGGCCAAUCCAUUAGCCCUGGUAUGUGCCUUAGGAGGAAGACGCCAAGGUAGCACCUGUAGUAGAUGACGCUCAGAUCUCCUUUCCCAGAUGCCCUAAGUGUUGGC